GGCCGCGAUGGCCAAUCAGUCAGCGAUUUCAGUACGGCAUAGAACGUUGAUUGGCACGGUGUCUACACAAGUGAUAGUGCGCACGGUGUUUGUUAUUAUUUAGGUGGACAGCUGGCUGUGAGCUGUAAGAAGCAUCACCACCGAUUUGACCGCACCCAUAAUCAUAUUCUUUAUCUGUGGGUACUUUCGCAACUAUUUGGCCCAGUCCAGAAACGUGUGAGACCGGUCCGACAGUAUUUUCGAUGGUCUUUCCACUGGAGCGCUCAUACGGUUUAUAUAACAGGAGCGAAACACCAACGCACUUAAACUAGUUCCAGCGGAAAACCCAUUCCCCGCGUGUAGUUAGCCUCAUCAGGCGUAUUCCAGCUAAUCAAAUCAGUUGUUAUACACCAUCGAAAAAUCACACAACCGGCACCCUUCGUAACAAUGACCGAUUCCAUGACAGAGUCUCAAUCCGUCCAGCUGCCGGAAUAUGUGCGCCAAGCUGCUACCCGGACAGCCGUCAAACUUGGAUUCACAUCUGAUAAAUUGGAUGUACGCUUCGAGCGUGGCUCCAGCUGUGAUGGGUUGGUGGGAGAAAUCCAUCGGGUUAUCCUCACCGAAGGCAGCCGCCAAGUGGAUCUGUUCUGUAAGAUCCCUCCACAGAAUGCAGCCCGCCGGGAGGAGUUCAAUUCGAUAGCUCUGUUCGAACGGGAGAUUCUACUAUAUUCGACCAUACUGCCAGCAAUGUUCGAGUUUCAACGCGACAGAGGAGUGCCAGAAUCAGAAGGUUUCUUCAACGUACCGAAGUGCUACUUGACAUUGUUCGAUGCAGAUAGCGAAGAGUCGGUGCUAUUGAUGGAAAACCUACGCAACAAAGAUUAUCGAAUGGGUAAUAAGAUCGAACCGGUAGACUAUGAACAUGCGCGUCUGGUGAUGAUCAAUUUGGGACGACUGCAUGGGUUGUCUCUGGCACUAAAGGACCAAAAACCAGAGCUGUUGAAGAGUUUUCAACUGUCCGAUGUAUUACUUCCGGCACUCAAAAGCAGUGAACAGCUGAUGGCCAUGUUUGAUGCCGCGCUGGAAAAUGCCAUUUCUUUACUAGAGCCGGAGGAAGAAAUCGAGAGAAUGAAAAUGGAGACAUUGAGGGGAGAACACAUACAAGCACUGGAGGCGUGUUUGGAUGGAACGAAAGCGGAACCGUAUGCAGUAUUGAACCAUGGCGAUUGUUGGAUAAACAAUAUCUUAUACGGAUACAAGGAUAGUAAGCCGACCGAGCUGGCCCUGAUCGAUUGGCAACUGGUGCGCUAUGCAUCACCCGCUCUAGAUGUCCUGUACUUCCUAUUCUGCUGCACGGAUGACUCUUUCCGGGAAAAGCAUUUCGAUGAUAUGCUUCAGGUGUACCAUAGUUCGUUAACGGAUCUUCUUGAUAAAUUGGGUAGUGAUCCGUUAGCGUUGUUCCCCUUCGAUGCCCUGAAAGAACAGCUGAAGAAUUUUGCCAAGUUUACGAUCAUCAUGGCCACCUUUGACGUACCCAUUCUAUGUACGGAUCCGGCGGAGAUGCCGGACUUAAAUGGGGACCUGGCGGAGGGGUUUGCAGCAUCACCGGAGGCACAGUUAAGGUACGCCAGCCGAAUGAGGGGUAUCAUAAAAGACGCGGUCAGAUAUGGCUAUCUGUAGUACGUAGAUAGUAGUACAGUAUUAUAUUAUGUUCAAAAUGUGUGGAUUGAUAAGGGAGA